AGUAUUUCCAUUGGAGGGCCUGCUUGAGGUCAGCACCCAGGGCUCUAUCUACAUCCCUGGGAGUUCGAGGAAAGGAGAUGAAGUAUUUUGAGCUGGUGACAACAAAAAACGUGGUAUCUGCAGCGACAGGAGCUGGAGCUAUCUUCCUAAUGGCCAAGACCAUCAUGGCAGGGAUCAAGAGCCCUCCCUACAACCCAGAGCCACUUACCUUAGCCAAACUCGCUAUAGAGCACCAGAGUCAAACUGUGCUGGAUUCUGGAGAACUCAGGGGACUCCUGAACACCCUCAACCCAAAGCUAGAUGACUACUCCAAGAAUAUGCUACUCCAUGGCAUCACCCGGUGUGUUUAUCUACUGGACAAUGAGGCUUCUGCCUGUACGUAUGAGGAUAUCAAACUGGUGGCCUCCUUCCUGGAUGAUCCAGACAUUGGCAUCAAGAUUCAGACUCUGCAUGCCCUCAAGGCCUUCACCGGCAUUUGGAAGUUUAGAAUUAGGAUUCAGGAGUUUUUCCCCAAGGUUCUCGAAAUGGUUGCCAGCAUCUGGGACCACGACUUACAUGCUGCUGGACUGAGGCUGCUGAAUGGGCUACCGUUGUCAGAUCACACAUUUCCACUGGUGAAGAAGCUUAUGCCAGCCUUCAUGGAAAUUCUGCAGAUGGGAAACACUAUGUGUCAGGUGCAGGUUCUAAAAUUCCUUGGCACGCUAGCCCAAAAGGAAGCUCUGUUAUUUGACAUCAUGAACUGCCAGGUCCAUCCAGAUUUCCUCCACCUCUUCCAACCUUCACGACCUGGAAACCUUCUCUUUGAGCUGCUGGUAUUUGUGGAACGGCUUUGUGAGGGUCGCCUGACUCCCCAGUACCAGUCAGUGAGCUGGCAGUACAAUGAGUCGUCCCUUCAUGAGGUCCUUUUUGGGGACGAUUCCCGCCUAGCUGACCGCCUCCUCUCGCUCAUCAUUCACCCAGAGGAAGAGGUGCAGAUCCAGGCCUGCAGGGUUAUCCUGAAGCUCCAGCUCAACGAGGAAGGGGAGAUGGCUUUCCUCCACAACUAUGAUUCUACCUUCUUUUCUGACUCCAAAAUUGGCAGCUCACUCAUUAAAUCGGGCUGUUAAGCCCUUGUAGGAUUUAAGAGAUAAUUAAAUUAUUUUAAACAGAAA